GACAGGAACUAGACAGAAAAGCAACAGGAACUGGAAUGAAAAGAUCAGUGACUGAUGAUGGCUGCUAAAACUAACAACUCUAGGGUCUAAUAGGGUAGAUGGUUUUCUACGGUGUGUUGUUUUUUUUCUUAUUUCUUUGUUUUAGUCUGAAACGUUUUAAUUGACUGGAUCUGGAUAUAGUAGACUAGAGAAUGAGAAGGAGGCAGGCCUGAGCUGUAACUGUGUGGUUUACACAGGGUCUCCUAAGAGCUUGUUUGUUAUUUUAAAUUGGGUCCCAGGGACGGAGAGUAAUGUGGUGAUGUGCUGUAGUUCAUUCAUUCAUGAAUUGAGACUGCCUCUAGAGAGCACUGUGAGAGUCUGAGGCACCACGCCAGCGAGACAGUGACUCAGUUUAGGCUGAGCUCUUUUGGUGGUGAACUCUAUGUGGUUCUAGUCUGGGAUCUGACCUCGGCUCAAGAGCUAGCACCAGUCUCUGAGGAGCUCAACUUGAGAUACUGAAGCCUCCUGGGUUGUUGUGACAGCAGCAGGAGAAGUACAUUGAAAUCAGUUCAUGCAACAGGCUCAAAAGGACAGUAAAUCCACAUAAUAGUCAACUCUGAAAGCCUGCUAUCAUAGACAUUGUUCCUCUUUAAAGUGUGCAAUGAGGGCAGUGUGUUUGAUGCUGACUGCCUUAUUGAUGCUGGAAUAUGUGUGCCGGAGUGACACCAUGUCCACCUGUAAGUCUCUGGACUUGGAGCUGGUGAAGAGGAAACGUAUUGAGGCCAUCCGUGGACAGAUACUGAGCAAGCUGCGGCUACCCAAGGAGCCAGAGAUUGACCAGGAGGGAGACACUGAGGAGGUCCCAGCUUCCCUGAUGUCCAUCUACAACAGCACAGUGGAGCUGAGUGAGGAGCAGGUGCACACGUACAUACCGUCCACUCAGGAUGCAGAGGAGGAGGCAUACUUUGCAAAGGAGGUCCACAAGUUCAACAUGAAACAAAGUGAGAACAUCAGUAAGCACCAGAUGCUCUUCAACAUGUCUGAGAUGCGGUCAGUAUUGGGGACUGAUCGACUGCUCUCUCAAGCUGAGCUCCGUCUCCUCAUCAAGAACCAUGGCCUGCUCGACGACAGCGAGCAGAGGCUGGAACUCUACAGAGGAGUUGGCGAUAAGGCACGUUACCUGAAGUCCCAUUUUGUCUCCAAGGAAUGGGCCAAUCGCUGGGUGUCCUUUGACGUAACACAGACUCUGAAUGAGUGGCUGCAAGGGGCUGGAGAGGAGCAGGGAUUCCAAUUGAAGUUGCCUUGUGAUUGUGGGAAACCAAUGGAGGAAUUCAGCUUCAAAAUAUCAGGGAUGAACAAGCUGAGGGGAGAUACAGAAACAUUAGCCAUGAAAAUGCCAUCAAAGCCUCACAUUUUACUGAUGUCACUUCCUGUGGAACGCCACAGCCAGCCUAGCUCUCGGAAGAAACGACAAACCACUACUGAAGAGAUCUGCUCAGAUAAAUCGGAGAGUUGCUGUGUGCAAAGACUUUACAUUGACUUCCGUAAGGAUCUGGGCUGGAAGUGGAUCCAUGAACCCACUGGCUACUUUGCUAACUACUGCAUCGGCUCCUGCACCUAUAUAUGGAACACAGAAAACAAGUAUUCCCAGGUACUGGCUCUGUAUAAGCACCACAACCCCGGAGCCUCUGCCCAACCCUGCUGUGUUCCACAGGUCUUGGAACCCCUACCCAUCAUCUAUUAUGUGGGGAGACAACACAAGGUGGAGCAGUUGUCCAAUAUGAUUGUUAAGUCCUGCAGGUGUAGCUAGAAUUACUGCACAUGUCUCUCCAUGUUCUUGUCCAUUGUAUUUCCUUGUUCUCAUGGGGAUACAAAAUGGGGGCUGAUCCUUUUUGAUGCCGCUGGUUUAGUGUAAAAUGCUUGUCCCUUGGAAAUCAGGAUGUAGUCAAGACAUUCAUUUACGAAGGGUACUAUUAUAAUUGUGUUUGGGUGGUGUCUCUAGUCUGCAUUUUUCAUUUAGCUUUCCCCAGCAGAGAAUUUGUUUAUGUUUAGUGAUUUGUUAAUUAAUGUUUUCUUAUUUUAUUUUAAAUAUAUGUAGUGCUUUAUGGAGUUUAAAAAAAUGUUGUUUAGACUUGUCAAUGUCCCGGGUAUGUCAAUAGUCUUGACUUAUUGUCACUGUGUUGCAGUAUUUGUGCUCCCUGGGAAAUAUAGAGGAAAGCGAGAGGCUAAGACGGGAUUAGUUUGGGUUUACUACUUAAAAUAAUGAAUGUAGAAUAGCAACUUCCUCUCAAUAUUUUUGUCAUUAUUCUCUUUUGAAUAAAUGUAUCUGCAUCACA